AUGUCAGGGGUUUGGGUUUUCAAAAACGGGGUGGUGAGGCUGGUGGAGAACCCUGCAGGAGAGGCAGUGGAGGGAAGCCGAGGUGGAAGGAGAAAGGUUUUGGUUUACACUCCAAGCAGUGAGGUGAUAACAUCGUACUCGGUGUUAGAGCGGAAGCUUCAUUCACUUGGUUGGGAGCGUUACUACGACGACCCAGAACUUCUUCAGUUCCACAAGCGCUCCACCGUUCACCUCAUCUCCCUCCCAAGGGACUUCAACAAGUUCAAAGCCAUGCACAUGUACGACAUAGUCGUCAAGAACAAGAACGCUUUUGAAGUCAGGGACAUGUAG